CAAAAUAUUGUAGGUAGCGGUUUGUUGAUAUAAGAUUUAUUUUAUUUUUUAUUGUGUUUGAAUAAAUUAUUACUGUGACUCAUUACGAUAAUUAAACGAUAGCUAAACAAUAAUUGAAAAACUAAGCAAUUAUCUAACUCAUAAGCUACAAGAUAUCAGCGAUUUGAUGAUUCAUCUACUCCGAGAUUGUGUCACGCGUAUGAGAUAAAUAAAAAACAGUUUAUUGGCUAACACUUAUCUUUUAAAAGUGUAUUUGGAAUUCGAAAAGUAUGUUGCAUUGUGGUUAUUGAUAAUUUUCGUAUUUAUCGAUGUGGCAUCUGUUUACUUUAGUUUCAUUACUUUUCUUGCUACAAACAACCAGUACCAGCGAAAACAUGGAUUCCAAGGCUCUUUCAUCUGCUAUUGCCCAAUUUUCCGCCAAAUUCUGUGUUGAAUUGGAGAAGGGCAAGAGUGUAGUGUCGUCACCACUGUCAGCAGAAUUUGUAUUGGCUCUCCUGACCCUGGGUACGACAGACCCCGCACAUUCCGAGCUACUGACAGCACUGGGAAUACCAGAUGACGCAUCUAUUCGUUCAUCAUUCUCUGAAGUUUCGUCCAAGUUGAGGGCUUUGAAAGGCGUUACUCUUAACGUGGCAAACAGGGUGUACGUUCAGGAAGGUCCUUAUGACUUAGAGCCUAAAUUAAAGGAGGAUGCAGUCAAAGUUUUUAAUGCUGCCAUAGAGAAGCUCGACUUCGGAACUGGUGGAGCUGCCGUCGAAGUUAUUAACGAUUGGGUGGCCAACCAGACCAAUCAGAAGAUUAAAGAUCUGCUUAGCUCAGACAGUGUGGAUGGCGACACUCGUCUAGUUCUCAUUAACGCUCUCUAUUUUAAAGGAACAUGGAAGAAGCAGUUCGAUCCCGCGAAUACAAUGAACCAGCCAUUCCACAUUACCGUAAACUCUUCGGUUGAAGUGCCCAUGAUGUACAAAGAGGACGACUAUUUGUAUGGUGAUAGCAGUGACCUUCAGGCCCAGCUGUUGGAAAUGCCGUACCAAGGCGGAGAGGCGACCAUGCUUGUGGUGUUGCCACAUGAAGUCGAAGGCCUCGACAGUGUGUUGUCCAAGUUGGCCAGUGGGUUCGACCUCAUGUCCGAAGUGGACAAGAUGUACAAAACUAAAGUACAAGUAACUAUUCCUAAGUUCAAGAUUGAAACUGAAAUUGAUUUGGGUCAGCUGUUGCCCAAGCUUGGAAUUAAAUCCAUCUUCAACCGUGAAAAUUCGGGUCUGACAAAGGUGUUGAAUGUGGAAGAACCUCUGUUUGUAUCGAAAGCGGUGCAAAAGGCGUUCAUUGAAGUGAACGAAGAGGGCGCCGAGGCCGCCGCCGCUACCGGCAUGGUGAUCAUGAUGCGGUGCGCGCGACCGCCGGCCGAGCGCUUCCGCGCGGACCGGCCAUUCCUCUACAUGCUCCUCGGCUCCGAUCGCUCCCUGCUCUUCAUGGGCGUCUAUCGCGGCUGAACCCGACGAGUCUCAACACGACAAGUUUACAUCACUAUUUUAUUAAUUCUGCACUAAUAAUUAAGACUAUAGUCAUCUAUGAUCGAAUAAGAGUACCGCUGAUAUCUUUGUCUAAUCGCUGGACAACAUUUUAUAUUGUGUUUAACGUUCAGAUACAAGCUGGCACGUCGGGUAUAUUACUCGCAAACGCCUACAUAAAAUACACGGUGUUUAAUUUAUGAUAAAAUAUUUUUUACUUCUAAACCUCGCUACAAAUUAAUUGUGCCUUCGCUAAUUACUUUACUUAUUUAGUAACUUAUUUGGUACCCGAAUAAUUAACACCGUGUAAUAUGGUACAAAAUACCUCAAAGUAUUUUUUUAUUAAAUUGUUACUAUACUUUAAAGGUUUUAUUAAAAUUUUAAUAUUUUAAA